AUGAACAAUACAAAGUCAAUUAAAUUUGACAACCAAGAUCAAAAUUUGCAACAGAGUGAAUCACGAGAGCAAAUCGAUAUAGUUUCUGACUCUUCAGAUCUACAUCCACAGGAUCCUCAAGACAUACCCUUGACAGAUCUAGAUCCUUCCAGAAUGUCCGAAUCGGAAUUGUUUACUGAAGACUUUGACAACGAAUCUGGGGAUGAAUAUGUAAGGCUCUAUCAUCAAGACAGAAAGACAAGAUGGCUUUAUAAGGUGAGGCAGUUUUUCCAUAGGUUGUGGGAAGGUCCAGUGGAACCUAGAGAUGAUUAUGCACCCCGAAUAUCAAAGUUGGAGUUUUUUGAAGAACUACCUGUGAAGUUUAACCAGAAUAUAUCAUUGACUUACAGAAGAAUCUUGCUUACUGUCUACAUCCUAUUCUGGUUUGGGCUAUGCUACUCAAUUUUAACACCAUACUUGACAGUACCUCCUUACUCAUCAGAUGAUUCCACUCCGCAUAUUCAUAGUCUUACUUGUCUGUCACUGCGUGAAUUUUGGAAUGGAAAAAACGCAGCAUGUGGUUUGCAUGGUGAAUUGUGUCCUCAAAUUGCCAAGCACAGUGGUGAUACUGAUGUAGUAAUUAGAUGUCCGGCAUUAUGCGAUCGUGGAAGUUGGACAUAUUCAUUGAUGCCAAUAGGGGAUCAGAGGAUCAAGCAUAGAGGCUACUUUGUUGGUGGUGGUGAUAAAGUUGCCAACUCGAUCGAUGAUAGCCAGCUUACGAACCCGUAUCGAGCAGAUUCGUAUCCUUGCGGGGCCGCAGUACAUGCUGGGCUAGUAUCGCCAUUUUGGGGUGGUUGUGCUCGUUUAUCGUACAAGAGCAAGAGUCAACCAUACUUUGAGUCAGCUAAGGGCCACUAUGGCGUUGAUGAUUCGAUCGAGUUCAAGUCCUUCUUCAAGUCUUCGUUUUAUUUCAAGAUGUUAAAAAUAGACAAAGAAACAUUUUACCAGUGCCAUGAUCCGCGUAUUGUGAUACUUAUCACCAAUGUUAUUCUUGGUCUUCCUAUUGUUUAUCUUGCGAGUGGUGCAGCUGUAUAUUGGAUAAUAAGUAUUGUGGGCUUUUGGACCAUCUGCUUGGCCACUGAUCCACCCAUAACGGUAGAUGCAUCAGAUCCACAAGAUUUUGCUAGUUUGAUUUCCAUUGGAUUGGAACGAUUUCUACCUACAUGUUCCAUCUUAUAUAUCUUAUGGCAUUCUUCAACCAAGAGAACUCUAUCAGAGCCAACUUCUCCGGAUGAAAAGAUGUCGUAUCUUAGUCGAGUUAUUCUAUGGUAUCCGUUGUUUUGGUUGGGGGUGUUGAACAACGUUAGUUUUGAUAGAUUACCAGUAGACCGACUUACAGUCAGUGACUUGAAGGAGCAAUCGGGUGCACUCCUAGCAGUUUCGUCGAUAAUCGUCACCAUAUCAACCUGUGCUGUCAUCCAAGCUUACAAAAUUUGGUUGUCAGGUCGGUUCAGAAAAUACUUGAUGGUCUAUUCCAUCUUUGUAUUUGGGUUAAUACUCUUGGCACAAUUACCCGGUUUGAGUUUAAGGGUCCACCACUAUAUCUUGGCGAUGCUAUUGAUCCCGGGUUGCUCAACACGGGGCAGAACAGCUCUCUUGUUUCAAGGAAUUUUGUUAGGUUUGUUUCUUUCCGGUGCAUCAAGAUGGGGGUUGGCAGCAAUUGCAGAAACCAUUACAUCGCUUAAAAGGGAUGAUCCUUUGGGGAAAAUUGUGCCUCCUAUUUUCACUGCUUAUGACCCUGCUUCCGGAACUUUACAAUGGCAACUUAUACCUGAUGAUGUGGCAAAUGUUGUAGCUUAUAAUAAGUACUCGUCGAUUUCUUUGUUGGUUAACGACAUUGAAUAUUUCGUUUUGGAUAACACUUCUUCACUAGAUUUGAAGAGUUUGUUGGAGAAUACAACUAGUUCGAUGUACAACCUAGUGAAAGAAGCACUAAGCAGUGGCAUUAAAGACGCCAAUGGUGACAUACCGUUGUAUAUCAGAAUUGGAAGAAAAAUUCCUAAUACGAUGGUGUACAGUGAUUUCUCAAAUGCUGCUGUUUUGAAUUGGCCGAGUGGGAAACUAACCUUGCCUACACCAGGCUUGACUUGA